UCUGAACAAGUCAUAAUAUAUAGUUAAAUUUUAUUAAUUUGGAUUUUUUUGAGAAAAAUUAGUUUAUAGUCAUUCUGCACCUGCUGGCAUUACAGCAAAGUCACAACUUAUACUUAUACCCUUAUCGUUAUAUCCUCAGAAUUUUAUAAGUUCAUAAAACAAAAACGAACUUAAUCCAACCAAAGUUUUAAAGGGGUGUAAAUUUUACAGAAUUCAUUGAACUGUGCCUUAAAAUUUUAGGGAAACCGAGUGCACGUUGAGUAUAACCCCUCCUUGAUAAUUUAUCAAAUUCUAACACAUUUUAAAUAUUUUAAUAUUUUACAAAGUUUUCUGUUUUGGUAUAAUGGAAAUUCCAAAAUGACAAGUCCAAGCGCUAACAAUUCAGAAAAGGCCGACAAAUUAUUGUCAUAUUUGGCAAAGAAAGUAGAAGAGAACAAGCCAGCGAACGUCGUUCACUUCAUUGUUGACGUUCUCUGCACAUAUUAUCCUACACAUUCUCCUUAUUUUGCAAAGAUAUGGCACUAUGAUAAGGAGCUGGAUGUUGAAAAACAGAAUGUGCGCGAGUUUUUCAAGCAUAACAAUUCAACUUCUACCAUAGCACAGCAUUUCAUCAACGCCGGUUUUGAUUGCCUCGAUUCUUUAACUUUUUUAACCACUGACAUUUUGGAGGAGAUUCAAGGGUAUAAUAACGUUCAGUGGCUUCCCGGGCACAAGGUCAGAGUUAAUCAAAUAUUUCAAAAUAUAAACAAGUUGGUAAAGGAAUUCAAGGACCUUAUGAAGACUCAGAAGAGAACAAAACUCCACUUUAUAGCAGGAGUGGGUCAAGAAAAAACAACUUCACACUAUGACUACACUGGCCCAGUUAGAGGUGGAAAUGCCACAGUAGGAUUCUAUCAACACAAGCCGAAUCUUAACCAACUGUUACCAAGUGAUGACACAAUGUACAAAACACAAACUAAGUUAAGGAAUUUGUAUAACUUGGACCACAUUGCAAGUUUGUCAGCAGAAGCAGCCACAACAAAAGCAGUAGAUGCCCUGAACAAUGAAAUUUAUGGCGAAGCAUGUAAAAACUCACACUACACUGUAAAGAAUAGAGAAGAUUGA